CCUUUUCGCGGAGCCAUGGAGAAGGAAAACCGGUUUAAAUUGUUCAUGCCGCCGCGCCUGAGCGCUGGGCAGGUGUCUGCGGGCAGACCCCAGGGUUUUAACAAAUGCUCAGAUGAUGAUUUUAAGCUGCCAUUUGAUGUGUCGAACCGUGGUGAAAUCACUGAUUCAGAUACAAUUUCACAGCAAGUAAAACUUUGCUCUGAAGUAGAUGAAGAGAAUACAGAAACAAUGAAUGAAUUGUUCUCAAAACUCUACAAAGAGGCUGAGAAGAUUAAGCAGUGGAAACUGACUAUGGAAUCAGAACUAAACCAGAAAGAAAGAAAAAUCCAAGAAAAUAGAAAGAUUAUUGAAGCACAGAAUAAAGCCAUUCAAGAACUGCAGUUUGAAAAUGAAAAACUCCAUUUGAAACUGGAAGAUGAGAUAUGUGAAAAUAAAGAUCUCUUGAAAGAAGCUGCUGCUUCAAGGCAUCUGUGUAAUCUGCUCAAGGAAACCUGCACUCACUUCACAGAGAAGACCAGCAAAUAUGAACAGGAAAAAGAAGAAACAAUGCAAUUGUACGAGGAACUUCAUAGCAACAUAGAAAGAAUGACAGUGGCAUUUGAAGAGCUUCGUGUGCAAGCAGAGAAUGACAGAUUGGAAAUGAGUUUCAAAUUAAAAGAAGAAGCAGAAAAAGUGGACAAGUUUGAAAAAGAAUGCAAACUGGAAGUCAGUCAAAAGGAAAAGCAGAUUUCAGAUCUUACCAUACAGAGAGAUGAAAAAGAUGGUGUAAUAAAAGACAUCAAGGCUCAGCUGCAGACAUCACAAAAUAAGAUUGCUGACUUAAUAGAAGCAAAAUUACAUAAUGAAGAAAUGUUAAAAGAAUCCCAGGUCAGUAAAGAACAUUUGAGGGCAGAGCUGGAAGAGGCUAAAAUUUCAUUGCAAAAGGCAGAGGUUACUCAAAAGAACUUAGAAACCGAAUACCAGACUACAGUGAAAACAUUAAUUCAGGUUACCGGAGAAAAGGAAGAACAGGAGGAAGAAUGUAAAAAAAUGAAGGCUUUGCUUGCAGCCCUGACAGAGGAGUUUGAGACUUCUAUUGCCAAUUUGAAAAGCUUGCUGGAAAAAGAGCAAAAUAGAUUAAAGAAAUAUGAAGACGAUUCAAAGCUGCUUACCUUGGAGCUCCAAAAUAAAUCUGCUGAACUGGAAGAGAUGACUAAAGUAAAAUGUGAUAAAGAAGUGCAACUUGAAGAGCUGUCAGAAACUCUGAAAGAAUUCCAUGAUUUGAAAGCACAGAUGACUAGUACAGCUGAAAAAGAACAAGAUUAUUUAAACCAGCUUUUGACUCUAAAAACCGAUCUUGAACAAGAGGCGUUAAAGAAUGAACAACUAACAGUGUGUCUCAAUAAGCUUUCACUAGAGAAAGAACAAACAGCACAAGAGAAAAAUGCUGUGACUGCAGAACUCAAGAAACUGCAAGAACAACAAGAGGAUAGUAAGAAAAAAGAAGAAAAUACAAAGCGGUUAGUUGAAAACUUAGAAGAGGCAAAUAGCCAGCUAAGAAAUGAACUGGAGUCUUUGAAGGAGAAAAUGGCAAAGACAGGUGAAGAGAUUAAAAGUACACUGGAUGAAAGAGAAGAAAAUGUUAAGAGUACUGAGAAUGAAAUUUCAAGAAAGGAAAUGCCAUUGAAGAUUCUAGAAAAUAAUUGGGAAAUUAAUAAUUUAAAGAAACAGGUGGAAAAUAAAACCAAAUGCAUCGAACAGUUGCAGCAGGAGAAUAAGGUACUGAAAAAGAAAAUUACUGCAGAAAGCAAGAAAAGCAAUAUUUAUGAAGGGAAGGUGAAUAAAUUACAGUUAGAGAUGGAAAAUAUGAACAAGCAACAUAAGGAAGCAAUUGACGUCUAUCAAAAAGAGAUAGAAACAAGAAAAGUAAAUGAAAAUAAACUUUGCGAAGAGGUAGAAAAGAUGAGGUUGCUUUGUGAUGAAACAGCAAUGAUACAGAGAGAAACUGAUAUCCGAUGUCAGCAUAAGAUAACUGAAAUGAUGGCACUUAUGGAAAAGCACAAGAAUGAAUAUGAUAAAGUGGUUGAAGAAAAAGAUGCAGAGUUAAAAGUAUAUAAAAUUAAACAGCAAAAGCAGUUAUCGUCAGAAAGAGCACUGGAAAAUGAGCUGUCAUGUUUGAAAAGUGAACUGUUGUCCCUGAAGGAGCAACUGAAAGCAGAAAUUGAAGAAAAGGAGAAUCUUGUAAAAGAGCACUCUCUCAAUAUGAUUCCUGAAAGUGAAAAGAAACACAAGACAUAUAUUAUAAAGACUCCUCCAACAGAUAAAAUGCAAAGUGGAAGAAGCACAAACCUGCCGUCAGAGCAGAGCACAAGGAAAAAGCAGAAAGUGCUUCUCCAGCUGGAUACUCAGUCAGACAGCUCUGAGCACACUGACCUCUUGAGCAUAGUCUCAGAAGAAGAAAUGUUUAGAAAUUUGUACAAAGAUUAUCCACAAGCUUCACAAUUACAUUCGACGGCACCAAGAAAGACACCAGCUCCAUCCAAUGUGAAAUCUCCAGGCUCUGCACUGAAACUCAAAACCAUGAGGAGAAUGCGCGAGGCGGGGUGGACUGCGGUUUCCAAAAUGGACAGGAAAAGAAAAAUUAAAGAAGUUGUGAAGUUCUUUGCUUAAAAUGCAGAAAUACUCAGUGCCCUGGCAUUGCUUACUGGUGCCACCACAGGGUUGUUUUUCUCUCAGAGUUAGUACCUUGUUGGAAUUUUCUGUCAUACUCAAUGCGUUUAAUACAAUGUUCAUUUCUUUACACAUAUAAACUUUAUAGAUCUAUGACUACGUCCCUCUUCAGAGCAUUUUCCACCUUUCCUCCCUUGUGCUUCAAAACGUUGCGACACAAAUUAGCCAAUUUUAAAUUUUGAAAUAAAUAUAACUACAUAGAAAGUUGUUUCAAAGCUGUUUCUGGCAUUAGAAAUUCUGGUUUUAAAGAAUUUCUGUUCUUUUAAAUUUACUCUGUUUUUCUUAAUACAUAAUUACUUAGUGGAAGAAAUGUAGCUGUUAAAUAUAUGUACUUUUACCUGAAGUCCUCUUGCUUUUUCCUGAAUUUUAAUGGCUAUUAGACCUGUCUUUUUAGACUGUUUUGUUUUCAGUAUGUUAAAAUGGUUUUGAAACUUCUAAAAUUUCAGUAGAAUUACUUGUAUUUAAAAAGAUUUCUGCUUCAUAAGGAGUAAAACAUGCACAUUAUAAGAUCAUGAGAACAAUGUUAA